UUUCCCACCCAUCUUGUUGUUAACUCCAUUUUUAUAUGUAUAAUAGAUGUGAUAAAUCCAAUACCCGAUUCAUGUCAUCGUUGAAAUCUUUGAAAUCGGCUCCAUCGGAACAAGAGACUUUCGUUUGUUUUAGAAAUGAAACUGAUCUUUCAAUUGAUGUCUAUUGGAUAAAUUACAAAGGAGCAAGGGUUAAAUAUAAAACAUUGACGCCUUCACAAACCCUAGAUGUAAUAACCUUUGUAGGUCACCCAUGGAUUUUUGUCAUAAACGGAACGGGGCAAAGAGUUCUAGCAAACAAAAAGUUAAUUUUUAAGCCCAAAUGUUAUAUCCAUCCAAUUACUCAUCAUAUGGUCAGAAAGCUUGUUUCAUUAACAAUUCCAAUUUACUCGUUGAAAGAGUGUUGCUUUAAUUCCUUGAAACAUAAAAAUCAAAAUUCCUUGCCCUUGCCACCUCAGCUCUCAAACGAAUUCAAAAAAUUCCUGACGCUUAAUUCACAAUAACUGGGUUAAAUAUACUGCACCUAAUUUUUUCUAGCUAUCUAGACAUCAGAAACAUAUUUUUUUUUAAAAAAAAUACACAUAUUAUGUACCAUAUUUAUAAUGAUAUCAGUUGUUAAUUUUUUUUAAAAAAAUAUAAUUUGUCUUUUGUAUUAUUUAUUUUUUAUAUUAUAAACCAUUAAUUUCAAUCAUAUUAUGAUUAUAUAGUUUUUUUUGUACAUAAUAGAUGUUAAAUAAUAAUUAACAAUAAUAAAAAAAAGAGUCCGAAAUAUUUAUA